AAUUAAUUUACCAAAACAGAAAAUGAAAUUGAAGAACUAUGAUGAAGAUAUCCGAUUUCAAGUAAGGUAAAGAUAUGCUACAUUAUCUGAUUGGAUGUCAAAAUCAAUAGAUUCAGAAAGGGUACCUGAAGUGAAAACUAGAUCUUAAUAUAAUGCAGCUAUUAAAAUCCAAACACCUGCAAUCAUUUCACUCCAGUAUCCUUAUCAAUUCUAAUACUAGGGCUAAAAGUAUUGAUACAGUUUUGAAUCGUAAACAAAGAAUAUCAAAGUCUUAAUAACCAACGACUUUACAAUCAUCUAAAAUUUACAGAAAAUUUAUUGAUCCUAAUUUUAUAACAAGAUCAAUUGAUUAUUCAGAGUUAGGAGAUUCUCAAACCAAAGUUAAAAGGAAGAACCCAUUUUAAAAUUAGAGGCUUAAUAGAUAAUUUUAGGCCAUUUACAAUAAAAUGAAGUUGAUUUUGGAAUCAUAUAAUAGUAGAGAAAGAGUCCUUCUAUAAUAUAUUGCUAAAUUAUAAAAAGAAAUAGUUACACUAAAAUAAGGGCACAAUUAAACCAUUUGA